GGCCACGCUCCCUCUUCCCGGGUCGGACCCGGCUCUGUCCCCCGCGCCUGAGCCCUGCUGAGCUCCCAGCCCUCCCGUCGCAGCCCCGAUCUGGGGCGCGGCCGCCACCGGCACCAUGCCCCCGGCAGCCCUGCUGCUCCUGCCCUCGCUGCUGGCGCUCCUGGCUCACGGACUCUCCUCGGAGGCCCCCACAGAGCGGGAAGGGCAGGCCCCAGGCCUGGAGGAGACGGAUGGAGAGUUGACAGCGGCCCCUACACCUGAGCAGCCAGAACCAGGCGUCCACUUCGUCACAACAGCCCCUACCCUGAAGCUGCUUAACCACCACCCCCUGCUGGAGGAAUUCCUACAAGAGGGGCUGGAGAAGGGCGAGCUGAGGCCUGACCCACCUACAGCGAGUCCCCUGCCCCGCCUGGCCAAUCAGGACAGCCGCCCCGUCUUCACCAGUCCCAGUCCAGUCAUGGCGGCAGCCCCUACUCAGCCCCAGUCCAGGGAGGGACCCUGGAGCCUGGAGUCGGAGCCCCCUGCACUUCGCAUCACAGCUGCCCUCCCUCCGGGGCCCAGCAUGGCAGUGCCCACCCCAGGCCCAGGGGAGGGGCCCAACACUACACCCCCUGGCGGAGCAUGGACUCCAACCCCAGAGGGUCCUGGAGACAUAGGCAGGCCCUGGGCUCCGGGAGUCCUGUUCCAGACCACAGGGCUCGGGAUGGAGGGGACUGUCACCACCUCCACAGCUUCAGGGGACGAUGAGGAGACCACCACCACCGUCACCACAGUCCAGCCACCAGGCCCUUGCAGCUGGAAUUUCUCAGGCCCAGAGGGCUCUCUGGACUCCCCCACGGCCUCCAACUCACCCCCUGAUGUCGGUCUGGACUGUUUCUACUACAUCUCCGUCUACCCUGGCUACGGCGUGGAAAUCAAGGUCCAGAACAUCAGCCUCCGAGAGGGGGAGACCGUGACUGUGGAGGGCCUCGGGGGGCCAGACCCACUGCCCCUGGCCAACCAGUCUUUCCUGCUGAGGGGCCAAGUCAUCCGCAGCCCCACCCACCAGGCAGCCCUGAGGUUCCAGAGCCUCCCACCCCCUGCUGGGCCUGGCACCUUCCAUUUCCACUACCAAGCCUAUCUCCUGAGCUGCCACUUUCCCCGACGUCCAGCUUAUGGAGCUGUGACUGUCACCAGCCUCCACCCUGGAGGUAGUGCCCGCUUCCGCUGUACCACUGGCUACCAGCUGAAGGGUGCCAGGCUCCUUACGUGUCUCAAUGCCACUCAGCCCUUCUGGGAUUCUCAGGAGCCGGUCUGCAUCGCUGCCUGCGGUGGAGUGAUCCGCAACGCCACCACCGGCCGCAUCGUCUCCCCUGGCUUCCCGGGCAACUACAGCAACAACCUCACCUGCCACUGGCUGCUUGAGGCUCCUGAGGGCCAGCGGCUGCACCUGCACUUUGAGAAGGUUUCCCUGGCCGAGGAUGACGACAGGCUCAUCAUCCGUAAUGGGGACAACGUGGAGGCCCCGCCCGUGUAUGAUUCCUACGAGGUGGAGUACCUGCCCAUUGAGGGCCUGCUCAGCUCCGGCCGACACUUCUUCAUGGAACUCAGUACUGACAGCAGUGGGGUGGCUGCGGGCAUGGCCCUGCGCUACGAGGCCUUCCAGCAAGGCCAUUGCUAUGAGCCCUUUGUCAAAUACGGCAACUUCAGCAGCAGCGCACCCUCUUACCCUGUGGGGACCACCGUGGAGUUCAGCUGCGACCCCGGCUACACUCUGGAGCAGGGCUCCAUCAUCAUUGAGUGCGUGGACCCCCACGACCCCCAGUGGAAUGAGACAGAGCCCGCCUGCCGAGCCGUGUGUAGUGGGGAGACCACAGACUCGGCCGGCGUGGUGCUCUCCCCCAACUGGCCGGAGCCAUACGGCCGUGGGCAGGACUGCAUCUGGGGUGUGCACGUGGAGGAAGACAAGCGCAUCAUGCUGGACAUCCGAGUGCUGCGCAUAGGCACGGGUGACAUGCUGACCUUCUAUGACGGGGACGACCUGACAGCUCGGGUCCUGGGCCAGUACUCUGGGCCCCGUGGCCACUUCAAGCUCUUUACCUCCAUGGCUGAUGUCACCAUUCAGUUCCAGUCAGACCCCGGGGCCUCAGUGCUCGGCUACCAGCAGGGCUUCGUCAUCCACUUCUUUGAGGUGCCCCGUAAUGACACAUGUCCGGAGCUACCUGAGAUCCCCAAUGGCUGGAAGAGCCCGUCGCAGCCUGAGCUGGUGCAUGGCACCGUCGUCACCUACCAGUGCUACCCUGGCUACCAGGUGGUGGGCUCCAGCGUCCUCAUGUGCCAGUGGGACCUCACCUGGAGUGAGGACCUGCCCUCAUGCCAGAGGGUGACUUCCUGUCAUGACCCUGGGGACGUGGAACACAGCCGACGCCUCAUAUCAAGCCCCAAGUUCCCCGUGGGGGCCACCGUGCAGUAUAUCUGUGACCAGGGUUUUGUGCUGACGGGUAGUGCCCUCCUCACCUGCCAUGACCGCCAAGCCAGCAGCCCCAAGUGGAGCGACCGGGCCCCCAAAUGUCUCCUAGAACAGCUCAAACCAUGCCACGGCCUCAGUGCCCCCGAGAAUGGUGCCCGCAGUCCCGAGAAGCGGCUGCACCCAGCGGGGGCUACUGUCCACUUCUCGUGUGCCCCUGGCUACGUGCUGAAGGGCCAGGCCAGCAUCAAGUGUGUGCCCGGACACCCCUCACAUUGGAGUGACCCCCCGCCCAUCUGUAGGGCUGCCUCUCUGGACGGCUUCUACAGCGGCCGCAGCCUGGAUGUUGCCAAGGUGCCAGCUGCCUCCAGCACGCUGGAUGCUGCUCACAUCGCAGCUGCCAUCUUCUUGCCGCUGGUGGCAAUGGCGCUCUUGGUGGGAGGUGUGUACCUCUACUUCUGCAGGCUCCAGGGGAAGAGCCCCCUGCAGCUGCCCCAGACACGACCCCGCCCUUAUGACCGCAUCACCGUGGAGUCAGCGUUUGAUAAUCCAACUUACGAGACUGGAGAGACAAGAGAAUAUGAAGUCUCCAUCUAGGUGGGGCGGCCUGGGGAAGCCGGCUCCGCCCUGCAUCCGAGUCUAGCAGCAGAGCUCCCAGCUUCCUGCUCCCUUGCCCUCCACCUCCUGUACAUACCACCUGGGAAGAGAUGCCGCCAGUCCCUCAAGAAGUUGUGCGCUUCCCGCCUGCAAUACCCACCGGGGCCUAUUUUCUUGGGACCACUGCCCACUUAGGGCCCUUCCUUGGGUCCAAGUCAGGGGCAUCUGCCUCCAGGCCAAACACAGCUGGAGCACACGCACCAAGAACCAGCAUUCUCCUGACCCUCUCUCAGGCCUGGGACCUCCAGGCUGGAAUUCACAGGCAGGGCGGAGUACCUCCCUCCAUGUGACCACCCUCCAGCCCUGGCAUGCAGCAGCCCUGGCAUGACAGCGGCGGAAACUGUGCCAGGGUGCUCCUCACAGGGCCGUUGCCAGUGGCCAAAACCGCUCUCAACAGUGACCUCUGGGUAGUCCUGGCAUGCUGACAUCAGUCCCCUGGGGGGAAUCUCUAGUCUUUCUCUAAGGCCCCAGGAAUGGUCAGUUCUGCCUCCUGCCCCUUCCUGGUGGAGGCAAUAAUGCUAAGGGAUCUUAAGAGAUUUAGGGACUCUACCCCAAGCUCAGGUUGGGCUUCCCUAGGCCACACCACUCAUGCUCCACACCAAAGCAGGACACCCACCGCUGCUCCCCUGGCGGCCCUACACCAUAAGAGAGGGAGAACCUCCCCUGACAUCAGUCCGGCUGUGAAAAACACCCUCUUGCCCACCUUCCCCUCCUCCAGUCCCAGCAACCUGUCAGGCUUCCCUCCUGGCAACUGCGUUUUGGGAUAAGGGGAGUGGCAGGCAUAUUCUAGAGAUGAGCAGAGGUCCACGGGUGCAGGAAUUUGGCAUGGAACAGGGGGUCAAAGCAUCCCAGGGAGAGGCCCAGGAGUUGGCUGCAGGCUACUUUGUACAUGUAAUGUAUUAUAUGGGGUCUGGGCUCCAGUCAGAGAACAAUCUUCUAUUUCUGU